AUGGCGGCGGCCUUGGCUCGGCUGGGGCUCCGGGCUGUCAAAGAGGUUCGGGUUCAAUUCUGUCCUUUCGAGGAGAACGUGGAGUCAACGAGGACCUUCCUCCAGGCGGUAAGCAGCGAGAAGGUCCGCUCCACCAACUUUAACUGCUUAGUGACUGCGGAUGUGAGGCACGACGGCUCCGAGCCCUGCGUGGACGUGCUUUUCGGAGACGGGCAUCGCCUGAUUAUGCGCGGCGCCCACCUCACCGCCCAAGAAAUGCUCGCUGCGUUUGCCUCCCACAUCCAGGCCAGGGCCGCGGCGGAGAGCGGGGACAAAUCUGUAGCUGGCGCUGGGCGCUGACAGCAAGAGACCUUGUCGCUUGACAAGAGACCACAAGCAGAUUUUAGCCUGGGACUUAAUUAGGACACUUAUCCAAGAAAAGCUUGACUUAAUCACUCAAAUCACUAUCAUCAGGGCCGCAGAGAGCUGCUGUCACCACCAGGGGGGAAAAAAAAAGAGCUCUGUGACUACAAAUCUAACCAGUUCUUCUAGGACAAAUCGGGAUGUGGGAGGGGUCUGGACAAACUUGAAUUUAUUUCAAUUUCUAACCAUCACUCACUGCUUCAUCGUUUGAAUUUUACUUCUCGACCUCUCACUCAAGGUACCUCUUAAACUUAUUAGCUAAAUCCA